AUGGCGCGAACCAAACAAUCAGCACGCAAAAAUGCUUCUCCCUGCACACCAUACUCUUCAUCUUCUUCAUACGAAUCCUUGGAACGCUCACCAUCUCCACCACCUCGACCAUCACCACCACACACCUCCUCUGCCUCUUCUCCUUCUAACACCAGUCAAGAAAUCCUCAACCUCAGUCCUCUGUCUACUCUUCUUCCACCACUGUAUACUUGCCCCACACCAAACUUUGCUCAAGUGCCUCCACAUUUACGCACUCAAACUACUCCUCUACGACGCUCCAUGCGAGUUCAAUCUGGAAUUGGAACUUCAAAACCUUUGAACCCUAAACCCCAUUACUUCAUCAUCUCAGAUUUUGAGAGUGAUAAUUCCUCUAAUUCAUGCCCCCCCUCAGCAAAACCACCAACACAACCAGAGCCAUCAAUAAACACACCACAACAUCCAUCAUCAACUUCAGUACAAGCACCAACAACCACUAAACCUACCACACCUUCAAAAUCUGCCUUCUCCUCUGAACCCUCACAAUCAACUCCUCCACACCAAAAACGGAGAUUGAUCAAUGAAAUUAUCUCCCCUCCCACCAAACAAAAUGAACCCCUUUCUCAACCCAAACCACAAACCAAACCCAUGAAACACAAAACUACAAUGACCAUUGCUCAAUACCUUGCUCGCAAAAAACUUCCAAAUCCUCAGAGAAGAAAAACUCUUGCCCCUAAACAAAACCUAAAAAAUCCCACCUCUCCAGAACAUUCUCCACAACGUUCUCCACCCGAACCUCAAGAACGUUCUCCAAUUCUGGAAUGCUCUCCCAUUCAAACUCCUGGUUGUCCUCCAUCACAAGAACAUUCUCAAAAUCAAGAACGUUCCCCUACUCACUUCGUCCCUCCUACAGAACCCUCUACACACACACAACCUUCCCCACCAACUCACACCAAACGUUCUCCAUUUCCUCAAUCUUCUUCUACUUCCACUUCAUCUGCCUCUGAACCGUCUCCUCCCUCUAAGAAACCCAAACAAACUACUCCUCCUCUGAUCUCCCCUGACAAAUCUAAAAUUUUCAAAGAAAAAUGGGCUCAACGCCCAGUUGGGAUUGGACAAGUCUUUGUUUCUGACAAUCUCGUGGUUGACGACAAUGCUGUUUAG